AUGCUUACGCUGUUCAACUUCGGCUGGCCUCAGCUUAGCUGGUCAUUGUGCAUUGCAGCCUUGUACAUACUACGGACUUGCGUCAGCUCCCUUUGGCCUCGCACAACAGGCAAAGCCAUCGUCACAGGGAGCGGGACCGCUCAGCAGAGUGCCAUUGAUCCCAAUGCAUGGAUCAGUCCUGUUCGAGGCCUUGACUACCUACAAUCCGAUCCAAUCCCGUACCGCCCCUACGAGUUCCAGGGUCAUGUCACGAUGGGCAUUCAGAAACGAAAACGAGAAGAUUGGAUCCGGCUCGACUCAGGAUAUCUCAACCGAAUCGCUGAGCGCAAAGAAUUGAUCGAGAACAAGCCUGAAUACACUAUCGGAACUGGAACUCUGGUGAACGAUGCCAUCGAAGAAUUGUACAAUGAAAUCAUGGUCGAUUACCUGCCAAAAAGGUUCCCUGACAUGUUUCGUGUGAAUGGCAAAAUUUGCGAAAACAUGGCCACCAAGGGGUCGUACCCACUUGACCCAAGCAUUCUUACCCCAGCAGAAAUGCUGCGACAUCUUGGCCUGAACGUAGAGGAGGACUUCUACAUUAUGUGUCCCGAUGCAGAAGACGGCCAAUUUCGACUCCGAGGUUACAUCGCUUGCUUCCCGGGUGGCUUCCUCAGUCCAGCGAGAGUUGGUGAGAGUGUCCGUGAGAUUCAUCAGCCCGUUCCUGGAUACGACGAGAAACUCGGUCGAAGCGUCGAUCGCUACUUCAACCGCAUGGUGCCGGGCGACUUCAUCGGACGCAUGAAUUGGUCACUCCAGACCGAUGGCGUCGAUUUGUUCCGAAUCGACGGUAAUAACUUCUAUCCAGGUCAGGAAGACAGAGAAGACUUCAAAGCCAAGUUUCAACCCAAUUUGGACGAUUGCUACUUGCGCGUGGAGCACCAGACCUUGUGUGCACUUCCAAAAAGCCGUGCUAUCAUUUUCUGCGUCCGCUCGUACAUGACUUCGCUCCACGACAUUCGCAGAAACGGAGAAGGACCGAAGCUGGCAGAUGCGAUUGAAAGCAUGCCAGAAAAGCUUGCGGAGUACAAGAUGGUGCCGUACUGGGGGAACAUAAUUUUGCCUUGGCUGCGUUCAUAG